AGUUGUUGUUUUUAUGCUUAAAAACUAGAUUUUUUGUGAUCUUGUUUGUGGUCAAGUUUAUGUCUUUUCUUUUUCAUGCAUUUUGAUCAGUGUUUUGAGUUGUAGAUCACCAAGUUGGGUUUUUUCUGUCAAUGUUCAAGUGGAAAGUCGCCAUCUUGAGUUGUUAUCAGUGAUCAAGUUCAAUUUUUUGUGGUUCUUUUAGAUCAAAGAGGGUUUUUUCUUGCUGCGGAUGGAUUAAGCUCAGUUGUGAACUUAUUCACUUUGGUAUGUUGAUGGAGAUGAAUAAAGCCUUCAUGCUGUCAAUGCUGGGAGAUUUUGAUGAGAUUUGGAUGUUCUCUUGAGCUUUUUCAAUCUGUUAACAUAGUUGCUUGCAGUUUUAUCAUAAUUUUCCAAGAGAUUUGACAUUCAGAAAAGCAGGGAAUGUAGUACAUUGGAUCUAUUCAUUCAGGGCCGGAAUUUUCAUCAAUUCGGUUUGGUUGCUUGACUGCUUAGAAUCAUGGCUACUUUUUUACAUGGUGAAACAAGACGAAUGUAUUCCUGGUGGUGGGACAGCCAUAUCAGCCCAAAAAAUUCCAAAUGGCUGCAGGAAAACCUCACUGAUAUGGAUCUCAAGGUCAACUCGAUGAUCAAGCUCUUAGAAGAAGAUGCGGAUUCAUUUGCAAGAAGAGCAGAGAUGUACUAUAAGAAACGACCUGAACUUAUGAAACUAGUGGAGGAGUUUUACCGAGCUUAUCGUGCUUUAGCAGAAAGAUAUGAUCACGCAACUGGGGCACUUCGACAAGCACACCGUACAAUGGCUGAAGCAUUUCCUAACCAAAUACCAUUGAUAUUGACCGAUGAGUCUCCAUCAAACUCUUCUUCUGCUGCAGAGCCCCGCACUCCUGAAAUGCCUCCGCCUCUUUGUGCACCAUUUGAUCCUGAUGACUUGCAGAAGGAUGCUUUGGGUUUAUCAUCCAAUUUUCAUACUAUCAACAGGAAUGGCUCGUACUCAGAGGAAAAUGAUUCAGUAAUGAGCAGAAAAGGUCUGAAGCAGUUGAAUGAUUUGUUUGAGACUGGUGAAGGAACAGCUCGCCCGAAGUUUUCUGAAGGGAGAGUUAGAAAAGGUUUGAUUUUUCACGAAGAAGCAAUAAAAAGUUCAGAAGCUAAAAGGCAAAAUAACGAUUUGGCAGAAAAAGAAGCUGAAAUAAAAUGUCUGCAAGAAAAGGUUUCAGAAUUAUCGACAGAAAUCCAUGAUCUUGAAAACCGACUUACAUCAGAAUCUGAACGCGCCAGUAAGGCUGAAACUGAAGUUCAAUCUUUUAAAGAGAUGCUCUCUGAUCUGAAAUCUGAAAAGGAAGUUACUCUUCUCCGCAACCAGGAAUCUCUAGAGAGGAUAGCUGCUCUGGAGGCUGAGAUUACUCGCCUGCAAGGUGAAUUGAAGAAAUUAAAUGAUGAUAUGGUUACUGAAGGAUCAAAGUUAAGCAAUGCGGAACAGCGAUGUGUUCUCUUGGAGCAGGAAUAUCAUUCUUUACAAUUGGAAUUGGGCAAACUUUCACAGAAAACAAUGCUACAAGAAUCAGAACUCCGGGGAAAACAGGAGGAGGUGGAGAAACUUGAGACUUGUUUAAAAGACGGACAACAGCAAUGCUUGCAAGCAGAAACGGCCCUUCAGGCAAUGGAGAAACUGCACUCCGAAUCCCAACAAGAGGUGAAGCUUUUGGCUCAUGAGGUUCUCUCCAACAAUGAGAGGUUGAAUGGCAUGGAACGCAGUAUAUUGGAUUUGCAGCAAGAAGUAAAGCAUCUUAAAGUGGAGAAUAACAAUUUGCAUGAGCAGAAUCGUUCUUCUGCAAUGCUGAUGAGAAAUCUGCAAGAUGAAAUAGUUUCCUUGAAGGAAACAAAGGGAAUCCUUGAAGACGAAGUGCGACUCCAUUUAGAAGAGAAGAAAGUUAUUCAGCAAGAGUUUGACAGUCUAAAGGAAGAACGGAAAGAUUUAGAACAAAGGCACAAAGACAUUGCAGAUCAACUGAAGAUGGUUAGUUCAAAUGCUGAAUCCCUUCAAACAUCGGUAAAGGAAUUGAAGGAUGAAAAUGCAGAGCUGAAAGUGGCUUGCAAAAAACAUGAAUAUGAACAAACUCGGAAUGUGGAGAACUUGAAAUAUUUGGAGGUGGUCGCUGAGAAGAAUGCUGAGUUAGAAGUUUCUCUCUCAGAUGCGCAAGUCGAGUUAGAGGGAUUAAGGGAGAAGAUCAAAUCUUUACAAAGUUCUUGUCAAGCUCUUCACGACCAGAGUGCAUUGCAUGUUUCUGAAAAGGCUUUGCUGGUUGAUCAAGUAGAAAACAUUUCCCGGAAUAUGGAGAACCUUUCAGAGAAAAAUACAGUCUUGGAGAACUCCCUGUCUGAUUUGAAUGUUGAGCUUGAAAGUGUUAGAGGAAAGUUGAAAGACUCAGAAGAAUCCUGCCAGCUUUUAUCUGAUCAGCAAUAUAAUCUUCUCAAUGAAAAGAAUGGUCUCUUCUCUCAGGUUGAAAGCCUCGGCAUUUCUCUGGAAAAUAUGGAGAGGAAGUAUGCUGAAGUAGAAAAACAGAAUUUGAUCUUAAACAAGCAGAGAGCAGCAAUGUUUGAUCAACUCAGAGAAUUGCAUGACUGCUUAAAACUAGAAAAGCAAGAGAGGGAAAGACAGUUCCAUCUGAGCAAUAAUCAACAGGCUAGUCUAGAGAACAGGAUAUAUGUAUUGCAAGAAGAAGCUCGUCUCAGGGAUGCUGAGUUUGUAGUGGAGCAGGAACAGAAAAUAAAUGCUGAAAUUGAGAUUUGCAUCUUGCGUGAAUGUUUAUCUGAUAUGAAAGAAAGUAACUCAAUUAUUUCUAUUGAGUGCAAGAAGCAUCUAGAGGCAUCAGUACAUCUGGAGAAACUAAUUUCACACCUCAAGCAGGAAGAUGUCAAGCAGCAGGAGAAGCUUGAGUUGUUAUCUAUGGACAAUCAGAAGCUUAGAACAGGAAUUCAUGCAAUGUUGAAGGCACUAAACGUCAACACGAAGUUUGGGGCUUCAAAUGUAAUCAAAGAUGAUGAUGAGUUCAUAAAGCUUGUUUUGUCUAGAAUAAGGAAUUUGUUGGAUAUUAUUUCUGAUGCAGAAGAUGAAAAACAACAUUUAGUUCUUGAACAGCUCGUUAUCAUCACUGUUCUUCAACACUUGGGACUGGAUUUGGCAAAUCAUAUAUCAGAAAAAAAUCUCCUCCAGCGGGAAUUUACAACCAAAACCGAUGAGUUGUCACAUUUGCAAGCAAAGGUGCAUGAGCUUGUUGAGCUGAAGGAACAGUUACUGCAAGAAGUGGAAGCUGCCAACAAAAGGGAAGAAGUGCUGAAGGAUAAACAGUUGUCUCUUGAAAAUGCACACUUGCAAUCACAAGUUGAGAUUUGCAAGCUGAAGAAAGAAAACCAGUCAUUGUCAAAUAGUUUUCAUGCUUUGCAGGAGAAGAAGGCCUCACUGGAAGAAGAUAUAAGUCAAACCCUUGCUGAAGCAAUAAAGCAUGAAUUCUUGCAUUUAGUUUUUAGUGGUAUUACUGAUGAGAAAAUGUCGGUAUUGAAGUUGUCUUUGGACGAGCUAGACUGCCUUAAUGCAGUGAAAAAUGAACUCAACAAGGAAAUUACAGUACUGAAGGAGAAGGUUGCUAUGUUAGAAAUUGAAAAUUUGCAUCUCAAUGAGCAAGUUAGCUGUUUGGAAGACUGUAAAAAGCAGAUGAUUGUUCUAGAGGCUGAGUUGACAGCAAUGAGAACUACUUGUGAACAACUAAAUGUGAGAAUUGAAACCGGAGAGACUUUGUUAAUGGCAAAAAGUGUUGAACUCUCUGAAGUGAAUCAGAAACUGCAAGAGGUCUAUGAGACUUCACAAAGCAAAAUUCAUGAACUGACUGAAGAAAAUCAGACCUUGUCACAGAAACUUAAUGAUAUAAUGCAAAAGAAAGACGACGUUGAAGAGGAAAACAGUUUUCUGGUUCAGGAGUUUAUGGCAAUGGAGUGCCUUUAUGUGAUAUUGAAUGGUCUUAGUGCUGAUAGAGCAUUGGAAUUGAAGUUUUUUAGUGAUGAUCUUGACAAUCUUCAUGGUGUCAAUGAUGACCUUAACCAGCAGAUCCGAGAGCUGGAUGAAAAAGUGAGAGCAUUGGAAGUUGAAAACAUGCACCUCAAUGAGUCAGUUGUCCAUCUAGAAAGUGAUCUGAAAACAGCACACAAUGUUUGUGAACAACUAAAUCAUCAAAUUGAGUUGGGGAAAAAUUUACUGAUGCAGAAAGAAAUGGGUCUCUUGGAAGCAAAUGAAAGGGCACAAGAGGCUCAUCAGUUGGCCCAAAGGGAGAUGUCAACAUUGCUUGAGGAGAAACAUUACUUGUCAAAUAACUUGUAUGAUUUGAUGAAGAAAAUGGAUGUUGUCGAAGAGGAAAACACUGUCAUUUUCAGAGAGGCUUUGGCCCUUGAUUGCCUCUAUUCAAUUUCAACGUGCCAAAAUGCUGAGAAAAUUGGAGAGUUGAAGUUGCUUUGUGAUGAUCUUGAUCACCUGCAUGGGAUAAACCAAAGCCUUGAUCAAGAGGUAAGAAUAUUGAAUGGCAAAAUCAGCUUCUUCGAAGAAGAAAAUUUGCAGCUCAGGGAAUCAAAACUCUACCUUGAGGAAUGCCGAAGCCAGUUGCAAGAUGCUGUCCUACAAUCAGAAUUAGAGAUUGGCAAGCUGGUUGAAGAAAAUCAAUCCAUGUCAUUGAAAUUUAAUGAGCUGAUGGAUAAAAAGGAAGCCAUCGAAGAGGAGAAUGGAUUGAUACUUAAAGAGGUUAUGACCUUUGAGUUUCUUCAAUUAAUCUUUGAAAGUCUCAGUUCUGACAGAGCAUUGGAGUUGGCAUCCUUGAGUUCCGACUUAAAAUGUCUUAUUGCAGUUAGAGAAGAACUUGAUGAGGAGAUAGGAAUGUUGAAUGAAAGAAUAACAUCUUUGGAAGUAGAAAAUAUGUGCCUUAAAGAGUCAGUUGUUCAUCUUGAAGAGUGCAGGAAUCAGAUAAUCGGUCUAGAAGAUGAAUUGAGAGCUGCAAGGAUUAUCUCUGAAGAAUUGAAUCGCCAAGUUGAAGCUGGGGAGAAUUCUUUGGCUCAGAAAGAAAUGGAACUCUCAGAAGCAAAUCAGAAGGUUCUUUCGAUUAAAGAACACAAUGCAGAAGUCUACAAAAACCUUCAAGAGCUUAAGCUAGACAUUGAUGGAGCUAAAGUGGUCAGAGAAGAGCUAGAGAAUAAGGUUUUGACAUUGUUAGAAAUCAACGCCAGCAGGGAGAAGGAGAUCACGCACAUUCGUGGAACUAAUGAAUGUCUCGAGGGUGAGCUUGAUAAACUACAAAAGGAGUCAGAAAUUCUUAGAAGCAGGGAAAAGUGUCUUACUUCUGAACUGCAGAAAAGAAUUGAUGAAGUUGGGUUUUGUGAGCAGGAGAUUGUGUCGUUGGUAGGUGACAUACAAGUCUCCACCAUUAAUGCAGCAAUCCUCGAAGAAAAGCUACUAGAGAUGCUACUAGUAUGCGAGAGUCUUGAGAUUGAUACCAUGGUGCUCACAAAGAUACUUGACAAGGAAAUUGACACAACAUAUGUGUACAUGAAUGCCUUGAAGAAAGAGCUAGAAGACAUCAAGGGAGAAAAUACAGGACUGAAAGGCGACUUGAAUUCCUAUGCAUUCCUUGCUGUAUGUUUGUCUGAUACUAUUGCUUCUCUCAAAGAACAUACUCUUUCCCUCAAAAAGCUCUGUGAUGAGACCUAUCAAGAAAAUGAGGAAAAUUCAUUGAGAUGUUAUGACUUAGAAGAGAAAGGUCAAGAACCGAGUGAAGCUUAUCAAUCUCAUGUGCCUGCGGGAGUGUUGAGGUUGCGUGAGUCCCUUGCUACUGUUGAAGCACUUCAAAAGGCAGUCAUUAAUACAAAAAAGAUUCUAAUAGAGAAGAAGAGGUCAUCCAAGAUGAAUAAGGUUCACAGGGGUGAAAAUCUUGGAAUGAACCUUAAUUUGCAUGAGGAUAAUGCUGAUGUCUCAAAGGCGAAAUGUGGGCAGAUGAUGAAAGAUAUUCAGCUAGACAAGGUCUCGAGUUCUUCACUCUAUGGUAACAAUGUAAGUUCAUUUAGACCGAUCAGGAGUGGCAGCGGAGAAACCGAUGAUCAGAUGCUUGAGUUGUGGGAAACUGCUGAAAGAGACUGCAACAACCAGAUGAGGAAGGAGUCAUCAGCAACAACUGAACUCGACAUCGAGUAUCAUGAGAUAGAAGCGGUGGAAGAAGCAAAGAGUGAUUACCCAUCUUCUGAACUAGUGGCGGAGAAAGAGUUGAGCAUCGACAAGCUAGAGUUGCCAAGACAAGAUACAGAAUCCUACCAAGGAUGGAAAACUCGGGUUAUCGAGAAGCUUGUUGGCGACACUCAAAGACUUUCCGCGCUCCAAACGAGCUUACAAGAACUGAAGAAAAAAAUGGAGAGUUGUGAAAAGAGCAAGCAUUCAAUUAGCUUUAAGUAUGACACUAUCAAAACUCAGCUGAAUGAAGCCGAUGAAGCUGUAAUGCAGUUAGUUGAUAAUACCGGUAAGUUAAUGAAGAAGGCUGAGGACUACUCUGAUAACAAUGAACGGGAAAAUGAAGACACCAGAGGUCGAAGAAGAAGGCAACUCUCAGAACGAGCUCGACGGGGAUCAGAAAAGAUCGGUGGGUUGGAGCUGGAGUUGCAGAAGAUACAAUACAUAAUGCUGAAACUUGAUGAAGAAAAUGAGAGCAGAUUCAGAGCUCUAGAGAGGAAGUCAAGUGUUCUUCUGAGAGACUAUCUCUACGGACGAAGAGAAGGAAGCAAGCACAAGAAGAGGCUGUGUGGAUGCAUGAGACCAAAAACAACCGGCGAUUAAAACUUUGUAACUUCUUAAUCUGUUAAAGUGAUUUGGACGAUAGUUUUCAGUUAGCAAAGUUUUCAGUUUAGUUAUUUUAUCAACUAGAUUUACAUGAACCAAUGCAAUGAUAGCAAGAGAGAUCAUUUUUCUAUUUAAUUCA